AUGGUAUAUCGCGAUGAAGGAGACUACCAUAGGUGGAUAAGAGCCCUCAAAUCAAAUAUAAUUGAUAACCCCAUCAAUACCUUGAAAGUGGCCUUACCAUCUCUCAUCUACGUUCUACAGAACAAUUGUGUUUAUAUUGGAUCUUCAAACCUUGAUGUUGCAGUCUACCAAGUCACAUAUCAGCUAAAGAUCCUCGCUGCAGCCAUGUUCACCGUGACGAUGUUGAAUCGGCGUCUCUCUCGUUUACAGUGGCUGGCUCUUAUCAUUCUAAUAGCUGGGAUUGCGAUUGUGCAGCUAUCACAAGAGGAGAGUCGGAAGGUGGACACUCACGCCCAGAGUCCUUUGAUUGGAUUUCUUGCCGUAUUGACGGCUUGUGUUCUCUCAGGCUUUGGGGGUGUCUACUUUGAACGUAUCCUCAAAGGACACAAUGUCUCGCUAUGGAUGAGCCAGGUUCAGCUGGCCUUAUUAUCUAUGCCCAUCGCUUUAGUAUCUGCCUUCAUUCAGGAUGCAGAGCAAAUAAUGGAGGAGGGAUUCUUCAUUGGGUAUGAUGCCUAUGUCUGGUUCCUUAUCGUCCUGCAGGCUGUCGGUGGUCUCAUCGUUGCCAUGGUCUUGAAAUAUGCCGAUAACAUCUUGAAGGGGUUUGCCACAGCCAUUGGAAUUGUGUUGAGCUGCCUCGCAUCUUACUUUAUAUUUGAUGUGCCCCUGUCAGGCAUGUUCCUUCUAGGUGCUGGAAUCGUCAUAGUAAGUGUAUUUAUGUACAGCGGAUAUCCUCCAUCGCCUCCAAAAUCAGCUCUACAGAAAGCAAAGGAAUCAUCUAAUGCAGCAUCGAUGGCGUAG